GGCCUUAGGACUGGUACAUGGCGACUCAGAAUAGGCUUAAAAUCGCAUGGAACAUACUUAAUCACACUAAAUCUGAUGAUAAUGUUUGCUUUUGGAGAAAACUUCAAAAAAAACCUGGUACAAAUCGGAGACCAAAUAUUGGAUGCCUAGAUCAUGUUCGCCCAAGGAGGGAAGUGCGUCAGACAUUUUAUAUGAAAAACCGAGAUUUCUCCGGAACAAUUCAAUAUUUUUUGAUAAAAAUUUCGAGAUAAAUAGUCCAUAUGAAGAUACAUCUUCCAUGAAAAUUUAACUGAAAAAGACUGUAUGAUUCAGGAGAAAAGUGGACUUUAUUGAUUUUCCACAAAGCUUGACCUCCAUAAAGCGAUUCCUAUAACUCGGGAAGGAAACACUUUUAGAGCGCGAUCUUUUGGAAGUAAGCUAGUCUAUAUUGGUUCUAUAUAUGGUAACAAUUACAAUCCUAUCGCUAGUAUCAAGUAUCUGACCGUAUCGUACACUCUCGGCUUUUCUCAGACAAUGACUCUUAAGAAACAUCAUUAGGGUUAGUCUUUGUUUUUAGUAGCUUAGUAGCGAGAAAGAAGAAGAAUAAACAAGAAAAACGAAUUUGAGUGAGUUUACUUCUGUAUACGGCAUUUCCUUACGCUUGUAGAUUUGAUUGCCUACGUUCCGAGAAAGCUAUUCGAUACAAAGCUUGUAGAAGCAUUAAUGUGUUGAUAGAUGACGCAGCAAGUAGAGAACACUGAUAUAUACAUAGUCACCAAUCACAAGUAGGGCCCUUCAACAGCCAUUGACAAGAAUGUAACUCAAAAUUUCAUGAUUAUCUAUCAGAUUUUCUAAUCCUGUUUGUCCGAAAUCAUUGUUCACGGUGUUUUACAGAAAGUUUAUCUUUUAGCGCUUUAUCUUGAACAAAAUUAGGUACUAUAAGUCGAAUCUUGUACACUUGUACAUAUUAACAAAUAUAAAUACAAAAUACUACAAGCAAGAUGACAAACUGCAUUGAUUAAGGAGUUUUGGUUCUUAUGUAUAUUCAUCAGAUAAAUGCUCGUGGUGACUUUUUCUAUGUCUGCUCAAGGCUAAUAUUGACGAAGAGUGAGAGUCACUAAAGACCCCUGAUCUAUAAUAACAACGGCUCAGACUACAACAAAAAAGAGUAACUCUAAACAGAUAAAUAGGAUACCUGUGAUGUUGAUAAAUUAAACUUAAAUAUGUGGGGGAACAACAGUUUUCUUAAUCUAAGUCAGAAACGAGUGUCAUUGUAACUGAAGAGUAAAUUACUAGAUUUAAGCAAUAAGAAAAAGUCGUUAGUAAAGCACGCCUUUCUCUUCUGCUUUAUUUUUUGAAUGUGAUCGAUACUUAGCGAAUGAAACGAAGAUGCAAAAUAUGAACUCUGUUGAUAUACGAACAGAAAAGCUCUGUUGUACUAGUAUGUGUUUGAAAUUGUUUAUCGAAUAACGCUCUACAUUUUUCAUGUCUCGAUAACGUUGCAAGCUUGAUUUUCUUUAGAACCACACUUUAGUGUUAGUGUUUCAUGUCGUUAUCAGAAAUAGAAUUCUAUUUAUCAUACAAUAUCUGCAAAUAGAUCAUACUAGGUGUUGUUGUUGUUUUUUUGUCCCUUUAGUAUGUCUGUUUUAUAACCGUUGAACUUCUUCUGACUCAAAAAAAUGCAUUUGUUUACUGUUUUAGGUAAAAUCAUCAGCAACAGCAUUUUUCCUUUCUCUGUAUUUAAAUACCAAAAGUAGAAUAAAUAUGGAUGUUUUUGUGAUGAUUCGCCGACAAAAAUUAACAUUAUUUUUGGAUGGAAAAGAGUCAACAACUGUGCAUGAAUUAAAAAAAAUGAUUGAAGGCAUAACAAAAGUUCCCACACAAAAUCAACGUCUUAUCUUUGAUGCAACCGCAUUAGAUGAUGAAAAUCAAACACUAUCUGAAUACGGUAUUAGUGGUAGUGAGUUGUCAACGCCACCUCCACUACCUGAAGUAUUCUCAAAAGUCGAUGAGGAUAAGAAAGAUAAUGCAAAUGUGGCAUCUUAA